GUUAUAUGGAGCGAUGAGGCUACAUUUGAGACUGGAAAGAGAGGGAGAAUUUGGGUUAUACGUCGGCCGGAUGAGAAGAAUCACCCAGAUUGUAUAUAAUCUGUAUACAGGAGUGGAAGAGUGAGCGUGAUGGUUUGGGGAGCGAUUAGCUGGGAUUGGAAAUCCCCGCUUAUUUUCUUGGUAAAGGAGAAAGGAAGGAAGGGAAUUUGCAGUCAAGCUUACUUGAACCAAGUCCUGAAUCCUGUUGUUUUUCCUUGGCUUGACUCCUUAACAGCGAAGUAAAAGGAGGAGUUCUUGUUUAUGGAAGACGGGGCAAAAAUCCACAAGGGUGCGGCAAAGCUACCCCGCAAGUUGCGUGGAUUGCGUGGGUUUGAUUGGCCUCCCUCUUCUCCCGAUUUGAAUCCAAUUGAGAAGGUAUAGCAAUGGAUGAAAAAUGAGAUUACAAAGUUGGAAACUGUUCCUACUUCAAUUGAGGAUAUGAAGGAGGUUUUACAAGAGCUAUGGAGCGAAGUUGAUCCAACGGAUUGGCGAUAUUUGACAGAGAGGCUCACUUGUAAGCUAGAAGACGUAAUUGCUAGUAAGGGAAUGGCCACUGUAUACUAAAGCCUUAAUAAAUAUAGUUCUUUAAUUAAAAUUAAAAAUUGUGGUGAAGCACCAGAAGUGUG